CGCAGCUCGUGGACUUGAGCCUUCUGCAUGUGCGACGGUUGCUGUUGGAGCAACCGGUCGUUCAGCAGAAUGAAGCCCUCAUCCCCAGGCUGGGCAAUCGAGAGCACUUGUGCCGCGGAAGAAGAAGGGGCACAAGUGGGGGCAUCAACCGGCUGCUUCUAUGGAGGAACAGCCAGGCGCUCAGAAGAUGAUGAGGAAGAAGAAGAGGAACCGGAGGUCAGAGACCGGUCGCCAGAACCCAUUUGCGUGGUAAUUUACACCAUCACGUAUGGCGAUGGUGCAGUUUUGCAACACGGCGUUGCUAUUGCCGAAGAUGGAAUCGAUGGUGCCGGAGAUCUUGCAGUUGCAGUAGAACUGCCAGUAUGCAUCCCUUCCAUCCUUGGGCCUAAAAUGGAGUACCGAUCACUGCAUAUCGUUGCAGAUUCUCCGAUAGUUACCGUAUAUUUGAACCGACCUGAACGCCUUAACGCUCUCUCCCGCGAUUUCUUCAUCGAGUUCCCAAAAGCCCUUGCAUCGCUCGACGAAAGCCCCAAUUUUUCCGUCAUCGUCUUGGCCGGCGCCGGGAACAACUUCUGCUCCGGAAUCGAUGUGGAUAUUCUUGCAUCGGGCUCAAUUGUGUCCCGAUCCGCUGAACCCGGCCGCACCGGCGAGAAGGUCCGGCGUGACAUCAAAUUCCUGCAGGAAGCGGUGACGGCUAUCGAGAGGUGUAGGAAGCCGGUGAUUGCCGCCGUCCAUGGCGCCUGCAUCGGCGGUGCAAUUGACAUCAUUACUGCCUGCGACAUUAGGUACUGCGCGGCCGAUGCUUAUUUCUCGGUUAGAGAGGUUGACAUGGCCAUUACUGCUGACCUCGGAACACUCCAGAGGCUUCCUGGAAUUGUUGGAUACGGAAAUGCAAUGGAGCUGUCUUUAACUGGCCGUAAAUUUACUGGUUCAGAGGCUAAGGAGCUAGGCUUGAUCUCCAAAGUUUUCCCUACUAAAGAAGCCUUGGAGGAAGGUGUAAAAGCUGUUGCUCAGGGAAUAGCAGAAAAGUCUCCCCUCGCUGUGAUCGGAACAAAAGCUGUGUUGCUGAGGAGUAGAGAUUUGACAAUGGAGCAAGCUUUAGAUUAUGUUGCAACAUGGAACUCCGGUGUCCUUCUAUCUGAUGAUCUGAAAGAGGCAAUCUCAGCACGAAAAGAGAAGAGAAAACCAAUAUUUUCAAAACUAUAGAGCGGAUAACGGGGUGUAUAACGUUGCUCUUACUUUGCAGAAAUGUAACAAUAUCUUAAAACUUCAUGAAAAUGCUUCCAUAUAUAAUCCCUCCAUCCCGGAAAACAUUGUUCCACCUUGAUUUCACAGUAUUUUAAAGCAAAUUUAAUUAUGUGCUUUGACAUUGUUAGACGGGAUCAUAUCAAGUCUUACUAAAAUCAGAUCGGAUCAGACGACCUGUUAAAACACUAAAGACGAUAUAUUUUG